UGAGUUGCGAGCCUUAGUUGCGCCGGUUUAUUUGUCGCGAAAGGUCGCAUUUUUUCGAACGCUAAGUGGAACACAGAAGACAAAUAUUUGCUUUCGGUUAUUAUUAUCUGCCCGUUAUUAACCGUCGGUUAUCAGUAGAUAAAUUCGAGACUUGUGUGUGAUAAGUGAUUGCAAUUUUUGAAGUUUUAAGUAACAAGUUGGUGUGGCAUCUAUAAUUUGAGAAGGUGUGUGAUUGAUAAGAAUCUAAAGAAUAUCUAAGUGUGCCUUACUCAGCUCUACGGUAGCAGCGCAACGCCGCAAUGUGAAUUCUUGCAUGAUCUGUCCAUCUCCGAAGAAGACUCAUCACGGCCCCGCAGCCCUUUAAGAUCGCCCAAGCCUUGGCCCAUGGAACGAUGAAAUCAUCCGUGGCUGUGUGAACAAAGUGUUAAAAAGUGAAAUUGACAUCGUCGAAAAUCUUCCGUGAGCACGUGUGUUGCUUGGGCUGUGAGUUAGCGUUUGACACGCUAAAUGCGAUUGGAAAUGAAGCGCUCCAUCGAAAUGUCUGUGAUAUUAGUGUUAUUAGUGCUGUUGUUGCCAGUGAUCAAGGUGAACGGAUUUAAUCUGUCACCUCAGCCCAACUAUGUGUUCAAAGAACCAGCCCUCAAUGUUUACAUGAACAAAGUGCGUUCUUCUUUGUUUGGAUUCUCGCUGAACCUGCGGCCUGGAGGGGUGAUUGUCGGUGCUCCCCGAGCCCAGUCCAAUCUCGCAUCGCAGCGCAAAAUUAAUGAAACGGGUGCCAUUUACAAGUGCCACUAUGACAGCGGUGAAUGUGCUCCUUACUACUUCGACCGGAACGGAAACACCAACAACGAAAACGAACCGUUUGCGUACAGUUCAGAGAAGAAGGACUACCAGAUGCUCGGGGCUGCCAUGGAUGGCCACGGUUCCGAUGGAGAUCGAUUUGUGGUUUGCGCGCCGAAAAUCGUAAGUGAAUUGGUGGAUUACUAUCUGCUGCAUGGUAUCUGCUAUCUAACGGAUGGAACCGAGCUGCAUGAGCCGAAGUCGAUUCGACCCAUCUAUCCGUUGCGAGUUAAAGAUAAACAACUCUACAGAGAUACGUACAGCGGCGUUCAGUACUACAACUAUAUGUACGGUGAGCAAGGUUUAAGUGUUCACAUCACCGAUGACAGUGAGGAGAUUUUGAUUGGCGCUCCAGGUGUUUUCAAUUGGCGUGGCACGGUUAUUCGUUACAGGCGACAGGUGAAUGAAGAUAUGGGGGGACUGAGUCGACGGGAUGGUCGUCAGAAGGAGCAGGAGCGUCCCAAGCGACAGAUCAUUAGCUAUGUGACCGAUGUGCCGAAUCCGUACUUCACUUCUCUUGAAGAUGACUCAUAUUUCGGAUACGCCGUGAGCUCAGGUUUCUUCCAGGACAAUACUAAAUUGUUGUACGUUGCAAGCGCGCCACAAAUGCGGGUACAAACUGGCGAGGUGUACAUUUUUGAUAUUAUUAACGCCGACACGUUUCGAGAAACACAAAUCAAAAUUUUGUACACUUUUCCCGGUCAGCAACAGGGUGAGUACUUCGGAUAUGCUCUGUUGACGGAAGAUUUUAACGGUGAUGGACUUCCGGAUUUGGCCAUAUCAGCACCAAUGCACAGUAAGAAUUCUGAGCAAGAAAAUGGUGUGGUGUAUAUUUAUUUGAAUGAAGGGAAACUGAGCUUCAAUCUUCAGAAUGUGCUUUCCACAAACUACGAGCUUGGUGGACGAUUUGGAAUCAGUCUUGCUAAGGUUGGAGAUCUGAAUAUGGACGGUUAUAAUGACAUCGCCAUUGGUGCACCUUUUGAAGGUAACGGCGCAGUUUACAUCUUCCACGGUUCUUCCAAUGGUUUACAAUCGAAACCCUCUCAAAGGCUGGUUCCUCCAGGAAAUGAGCUUAUGGACCCGACAACGCAGCCAAUGUUUGGUCAUGCUAUUUCUCGAGGCUCUGACAUCGACAACAAUGGCUAUCACGAUCUCGCGAUUGGGUCCCCGAACUCUGAGAAUGUCUAUGUCUACAAAACAUAUCCAGUGGUGAGAGUUUUCAGCAUUAUCACCUCUUCAAAACGUGAGCUCUCACCAGAGGAUACCGCAUUCCAGCUAACGGCAUGCUGGCGCUUUGAAUCCGCUACCGACGUUCAAUAUGAUGUAGGAUUUAGCUACUCGUUGAAAGUGGAUGCCCAGAACGGUAGAGCACAACUCAGUGAUGGUCAGAAUUCGCUGAAUGGCACAGGAAAAAUAAAUUACGAAGAUUUCUGUCAAGAGUUUGACGUGCGAGUGAAACCAUCAUUUGCGGACAUUUAUAAACCCAUUUCCAUUGAGUUUUCAUACAAAGUUCUGAGCAAUAUUCCAACGAACAGCGAGUUUUGCGAGAAAUGCGUCAUGACAGAUCCUAACAUCGUUAACACGGUGUACGAGAAGCUAUCUUUCAAAACGGGUUGUGCUGGAGAAACAUGCAUCGCGGAAUUGAAAUUGAAGAGUAUGUGGCUGGACCUCAAAUCGCCAUACGUGAUAGGAAGCACUAGGACAGCUUCUCUUCAAUAUGAAGUGGAGAAUUUAGGCGAAAACGCUUUCUUGCCGCAGCUUAAUGUAACCUUGCCUUCGAUACUGUCACUGGCAAAACUUCCAUCAAACUGCAAACUGACGAACCUAAACGAUGGGUUGAAUCUUAUGUGUGAUCUUAACAAUGGACUUCCGCUUCGAACGGAUGGCUCGACGAGAAUGACGCUUGUACUGGAUAUGACUAAGAUCGAAGGUACUGCUUUCUCCAUCGAUGCAGAGGUGUUCAGUACAAGUGAAGAGACCAAUCGAGAUGACAAUGCUCUGCUUACGACAGUUCAACUACGAGAAUUCAGCGAAAUUGAAGUCGUUGGUAAAGCGUCGAUAGCUGAAGUGAACCUGGAAACGCAAACCGGGAAAAUUAACGUAACAUAUCAAAUUCAAGUGAUGAACAAUGGACCAAGUAGUCUACGUGACUUAACUUUCACAUUAAAGGUGCCCUUAAAGUAUUAUAAACCAAGCUCUUCUGAUAUACUGAACAUUAUAAAUUUCAACGACAUUUUUAUAAGCGGCUAUUAUAACUACAAACAUCUGGAUUUUACAUGGACCAAAGACAACGUGAUCCUCAUUCCGAAUGUUAAAGAGUUCUCUACGCAACCUCCAGAGGUAGACAACCUCUACAAACAAUCGAUGGAUUUCGAUCUCUUAUCAGCAUCUUCUCACCAAGAUCCGAUGACUGACAGCAACAGUUUUUCAACACGUCGUCGACGCUCUGCUCAAACACAGUUCAACCGUUACACUGGUCAGCUCACCGAGCACUCGAUUGUUCGUCGAAGUCUCGCCACCGUCAACCCAGCAAUCCUAACUGGAUUACCCGAGAAUCGAACACUGUUCUUCCACUGCGACCAGGAUGCGGUCCAAAUUGAAUGCGCGGAUGUUAGCAUUCAAGUGGCCAACUUCAAACCGGGAAAUGUUCCCAUCGUGAUCAACAUGCAGUUCGAGCUGAAUCUGGAUCUGGUGGCGGAGAGUUUUCUCGAACGGGAAGACAUCUUCGCGCUGCAGAUUUUGUCCCAGCUGUACAAACUGGAGGACGAAGGUGAAGUGGGAUUUUCCAUGGCCAAGAAUAAUCCUUUCACUGUGGUGUACAAACAUCUGGACGCCAGCACCCCGCUUUGGGUGUACAUCGUGUCGGCAAUCGGAGGACUGCUUGUGCUCGUUUUGAUUUCGUAUGGCCUUUAUAAGGCUGGUUUCUUCAAACGAGCCAAGAAGGAGGAGAUCGAAAAGCUGCAUCGGGAGAGCGUUCGAAUGAAUCAACCGCAGGACACCGAUGAUGAUAGCUAGAACGAAGAAGCGUGUUGUUCCUAUGCCAAGUACGACGGAAGCCAUACAAGACAAUCGAACAUUACCAAAUGUACGGAUUUGUACGAUUAGCCAAUUAGUGAGUUCAAACCAUUACCAUAAGACUUUGUUAGGUGUGUAAGGUUACUAAAAUAGGGAAUACUUAGUAAACAAUGUAGUCAUUCUAGAAGGUAAGAUAAUUUAUUGAUCCACUGUAAGAUUUCUUUCAAUUUUCAAUAAAACAUGCAGCCAUAUCCCUUUUGGAGCAAUAAAAACAAAAUGUCAAUAUAUUUAUUCCGUAUCACUUCCUUUUCAACCUACUUAAAAUCUGUACAAAAAAGUUUGACUAAAACUUCGUAACAACGUUUUUGUUCCAUUUCUCAUAUUUUAAGUUUUGUGAAAAAAUGAGCCAUGUUAUUUCGUGUUGCGCUUCUCUUGUUGGGGCA